UGGCGCGCAACGUAACUUUCUGUCGUGUUCUACUCUGCGUGUGUUAUAUGGUGUUUGUGAUGUAACAGAUGCACAUAACCUGACUCACAAAAAUUUUGUGAUUGUAGAGUUUUGGGUCUCAUAAUAUCGUAUAAUCACCAGUAGAACCAUGUCGAGAAUACCACAUAUUGAGAAGAAUAUGGCCCAUGAAGGGGACAGGCCCAUGAGUAUUACACGACGUAUGGACAGAGAAAGAGAACGAAUGUUAGGAAUGACAGAUGAGGAACGAGCAUGGAGAAAAAAAUGGUUGAAGGCUCAGGUACUGGCUCCUGAGGAACCAGUGAUGCCAAACAAUUACUACAAAGAGAUGUACAAUCCACUCAGGAGGUUUUACAAAUGGCCAAUGAACAAGUUCCAAAACAUGCUGGAACCAGUUAUAGGUCCUACACCUGCCUUGUUUACACGGCACAUUAUAAGCAAGACAGCAAUAGGUAUCUUUGGUGUUUAUUGGCUGUAUUAUCAUCUAAAAUAUCAUAAUAUGGAUUGGACAAGAAAAGGUGGAUGGAAAAUAACAUUAAGCAGACCCAGAAUGUAUCCUGAUAACAAAGAUCUGGAUGUCCUAUAUAAAGUGAAGGGUAAUCAGUUCCAUGUAAAUGGUUUUGACAAAUCUCCUAUAUAAAUUGAAGAAUGCACUUCACAUAUUUCUUGUACAGCUCUUUUAAUAGUAUAAUAUAAUAAUUGUUAUCCCAGUAAUAAAUACAAAUGCUGAUAGGCAUUGUUAGUGGUAAAUACAAUAUUAUUUUUGUGAA